AUGAAGGGGAAUACAGGGAGCAAAUCACAUUCGAUUGGAAAAGGUCGCUCCUCGCAAAGUUUGAACGGGGAAACGAUAGACAGCAAAACCAAACAAGUCGUUUUUCUUAAAUCGACAGUUUGUUCAAUUGCCAAACAACUCCGUCAGUCGGAAGAUGCAUAUCAGGAACCAUUGAUUGGAAAACUUUUGGCCGGACAGUUGAAGAAGCGUCAUGCUCAUGGAGCGGAAAUAUGCUGUUUGGAAGAUCGACUGAAUUUCAAGAAGACGAAAGUGUUUUCCAAAGCUCCAUUUCGUAAUUGGGUUCUAUACAGUGAAAUUGAGCACUAUUUUGUCUUUCCUGGACACGAUACAUUGUUUAUGCUUGUGAUCAAAUCCAACACCCCUGGGAAGUCAAUGUUUGAAACAUACAAAUGUAAAACUGCUGAUGAAACCACUCGACUUCGUCGACUAGUAUGCCAGGCGUGUACCGAUCCAAUGAAGAAAUUACGUCAGAAUAAUGAAACCAAUCGCCCGUGUUCUACUGUGUCCGAAGUUUCGCUACAUGAGAACGCGAUUUCACAGCCAAACCUGCAUGAAGCCGGUAUUGGAGAUCUUGAAGAUGACGAAUGCGGUAGUGCACAUUCACAUUCCUCCUCUGAAGAUGAAUCCAACGAAGAGGAUGUGUUCCCUGAAGUGGUUCAUUCACCGCAACAUGCUUUGCCCGUCCAAAGCAGUCCAUCGCCACCACCACCACAGCACCCGCCAGCACAGAUUUUCGAUGUGCGCGAACUAUCCCCGGUCUCAUUCAACGAAUCAAAGGUGGUACUGACCGAAGUCCAGCCUGUUAUGUCCGCUCCAGCAUAUUCUCGAGUGGAACUGGUCGAAUUGGAUGAGGACGAGAAAAGCGAUGAGGACGGUAUGACCUAUUUUGACUAUGACCCCCAAACGGGAGCCGUAAUGAAUGGUGAAGGACCGAUUUAUAUGUUUCUUCGGCGCUACGAGGUCGUCCAAGAUAACAGGUAUGAAAAUGGAUAUCAUUAG